AUGAAGUUGCACUGCGAGGUGGAGGUGAUCAGCCGGCAUCUGCCAGCCUUGGGGCUGAGGAACCGGGGCAAGGGCGUUCGGGCGGUGCUGAGCCUUUGUCACCAGACGCCCAGGACUCGGCUGCGGCCCCGGUUUAGUGGUGAGCCAGGCGGCCUGCACCCCGUCUGCCUGCUCAUCUCUACCCUGAAGGACAAGGUCGGGACCCGCUAUGAGUGUCCGCCGUGGGGCUCCCGGGGACCCCGGUGCCCGAGCCCCAUCGUCACUGCGGCCGGAGUCUGA